UGAAUAAAAAAACCUACUUGAUGAAAUAACAGCUAUUUCUUUUUACCAUGGAUAAUCUGCAAAGUAAGAAGCAGUUUGAAUAAUCUGGAGCAAGUGUGGGAUGGCUGAGAGUGUACCUACAAUGGAUAACUCUGAUGAAGAGGAGUUCUAUGAUGUACCCGACUCCUUCCUUGACCCAUACAGUCAGGACAGAGAGAACACUACACCAGCACCACAGUCUGACUACGUUCCUCCACCAGGAGAUGUAACAGUUCUCAGUGCUGACCAGGAGACUGUUUCUCUUGGCUUUUCACUCACUGAGACCUCUGUUAGGUAUAAACUGCAAAUAGAUUACUCCUGUGACACACAGACAGGCAGUUUGAUCAGAGAGGACUCCAGCACUGUGACGGUUGAGGGACUGAAUCCUGGGACUGAGUAUACUUUCAGCAUCAUAAGGAUUGCUGAUAAUGGAAAUCAAAGCAAAGCAACCUCUCUAUCUGUCUUCACAGAGCCCAGCCCUCCUGCAAAGAUUACAGUUGACCAGAUAAGCAGUGAGUCAGUGUCUCUGAGUUGGGACCCACCUGCUGGUGAAGUGGAGAGCUACACUGUGACCUGUUGCAGCGAGGGAGAAACUGAACAAGUGUUGACAACAGACGCAAACAACCAGACUUUCAGCAACCUGAUGCCAGGGGUGUGUUACUCCCUGCAGGUUUCUGCACAACUUAGGAAUGGAAGACGAAGCAAGCCAGCUGUAACAGCUGCCACCACAAAGACACACCUACAGAGCUUUUUGAAGGAUUUGGGGUUGGAGCAGCACUACACAGAGAAGCUAUCCCUGAACACAAUACUUCAGAUUGACGAGAGGACCAUCUCUGAUGAAUCCAUCAAGUGUAAUUCAGAUCUUCCAUGGUAUUUUCUGAAGAAACUGAUGAUGGUUAAUGUGACAGCCAGGAAUAUGAAAUGUACAUCUGCAUGUGAGUCAUAUUGUGAUGAUCCAUCAGGGAAUACAGAGUUAGAUCUUAAUGAUCAAUUUGACAGCCAACAUUCAGAUGACAUGUUAAACCCCCUUGACAUAAUCACUGCACUCUUUCUGUGUUCUGAUGCUUUUGUACAACAAGAAAUGGCACUCAAAAUGUCUAUGUGUCAGUUUUCUGUGCCUCUGUUGGUUCCCAAUUGUGACACAAAGCAGUGCACACUCAUGCUUUGGGCCAUGAGAGACAUUGUUAAAAUGUACAGACCUCAGUCACUUUCAGAGUCCAAUGGCUUCAUUGUACAAAGAAUUGUUUUCUCUGAACUUCCAAUGAUAUCUUUUGUGAGACUGGGUGAGUGCUCCCUGUCCAAGUCAGAGAUCCUCAAUAAGCUUCUGAGCAAUUCUCAGCAGUACCAUGAUACAUUUGUUCACUGUAACAUGGAGUGUGGUGACAAUAACAUGGAGUGUGGUGACAGUCCAAGGAGAAUAUCCAAUGGACUGGUUGAAAUGACUUGGUACCUUCCUUGUGGGAACAAAAACAUGGAUAUUUUCAGUGAGCCAGUAGCUGUAGCUAACCUUCUUGGUGAUAUUGCCUCUUUUUAAACACAAUUUUCUUUUUUGUGUCAUACUUCAGCAGCAGUUUUUGUGUUCUUUGACAAUUUGGACUCUGAGUGCGAGCUGCUCACCAACCAACACCACAAGGCACAGAUCUUUUUGGUAGGUAACCAUCAAAGUAAGCACUUCAGUUUAGAUGCUGUAAAAAAGAUGGCAACCAAGUUGGGCUUGAACAACAGCAACAUCCUUUUAAAGACUAAGCAGAUGAAUGAUGCAGACUUUGUCAAAAACUUGCAGAGAACAGUCAACAAUGUAGUUGAGAACUCAAAGAUGAAGAUGCAGAUUGAGCAGAUGGCUGACAUUGCCCAUAAACUGGGAAUCUUGGUUGAUGAAGACUCUUCAGAGUGCCAGACUGCCAAGAAAAAUGCAGAUGCCAUUACUGCAGAAAUUCAAGACAUCCUUAAAUGCAAAGACACUCAGCUACCCCUGCAAGGCCAAAUAUGGAAGGAACUGACUCGCUUAGAUA